CGAAGUUUGAGCACAAACCGAGAGAUUACGCAAUUGCUACUAUUAUUUCCAAACAAACCCUAUCACAUCGCAUUUGUAGCGGUACUCUAUCCCCUUCGACAGGUUGACGGUGUCGGAUGUCAAAGCUGGGGCUGGCAUUCCUGAGCCUGGCGAGAUAGACAUGCAUCCCUCCUCGCUGCUGCUGCACGUCGCCCGCCGCGGUGCCAGCGUCGCGACGUCUUCGCCGAUGCGUCUGCUUCGUCCCACCGGCCUGGGUGGCGUGCGUUGCAUCUCCAAGCGCGCGGCGGAGGAGGCGCGUCGCGAAUCCAUCAAGCAGCGCAACCGCCGCGCCGUCAUGUACCUGGCUGGUACAGCCAUUGCCUGGGUGGGUAUCUCAUACGCUGCCGUGCCGUUGUACAAGAUCUUCUGCCAAAUGACGGGCUUUGGCGGCACCACGCAGCGCGUGGAGGAGUUCGUGGCCGAUAAACUCACACCCAGAGAGGACGCCAAGCCAAUCCGCAUUACAUUCGACGGUGGUGUGAGCGCCAAUAUGCCGUGGGUGUUCCGUCCGCAACAGCGCGACUUGUUGCUAGUACCCGGCGAGACGGCGCUGGCCUUCUACACGGCCAAGAACAAGACGGACAAGGCCAUCACAGGCGUUGCAACGUACAAUGUGUAUCCGCCGUCUGCCGGCGUGUACUUUAACAAAAUUCAGUGCUUCUGCUUUGAGGAGCAACGACUCAAGCCGAACGAGGAGAUCGACAUGCCUGUGUUCUUCUUCAUUGACCCCGAGAUCUGCGACGAUCCGUCCAUGAACGGCGUGCACAACAUCACGCUUUCCUACACAUUUUUCAAGACAGACGACGUCAGCGAGGACGAGGUGGAUGACGAGGACUAGAGUAGCGGCUAGCUAGAAAAGGGAAAAGUUUUUGGAAACGGUUGAAGUGAACUAGGAGUCUGAAAGACGAAGCUAUGAUACGUCGGCCAGGACGAGGAAAUCCAAACACCAGCUAGUUAUUAGACAAUGAACAAGUCCAGUCUGACUUCUGCUUACUUGCCCAAUGCCUUCUC